AGCUGUUGCAGCACUUGUGAGAAGCUUAUCGCACACCCAUUAGGAGUGUUGGAAAACCUUCCGAGCAUGCGCUGGCUUCUUUGCACUGGCCUUACAGCUCUUUCCGCCCUUGCGGCGGACGAGUGUGAAACAGGAGACUGUGAUGUGACCGGGCUCUUGCAGAAGAAGGCGGAGGACACCUUAGAGACAUCGGAUGAAUGCCGUGGUUUCGAUGUUUGUCCGUCAUGGCCAAUGCCAUACAAGCAUGGUGAGUACCCUAAGCACUAUCCGUGGAGGUCGUUGAAGCUGCACGACUUCCCACCGGGAUUCAUGUUGGGCGUUGGCACUGCUGCAUAUCAGAUUGAAGGAGCUUACAAUGAAGGCGGCCGCGGUGCAUCUAUUUGGGACACCUACACCGGCGCAAAUACGGUGGGCAUGCCUGGGUCGGUGUGCAAAGAGGCUCCGUGCCCACUGAACAGCGUUAUGUCAGACAAAGGGGCCACGGGCAAUGUGGCCAACAACCAUUACCACAAGUACAAGGAAGAUGUGGCCAUGAUGAAGGACCUUGGCUUGAAAUACUACCGGUUUUCGGUGGCCUGGCCUCGCAUUGUCCCCACGGGACACAUGAAGGAUGGUGUCAACAAGGAAGGCAUUCAAUUCUAUCACGACCUCAUCGAUGAGCUCAUCAACAGUGGCAUCACACCACUCAUUACCAUUUACCACUGGGACCUUCCCCAAGGUCUGCUGGACAUUGGCUUCGAGAAAGCUCUUCCAGCCUGUGAUCCUCAGUACCAACAGGGAUGGUACGACUGCACCUGGGGCGAGGACGGAACACCGAUCCCCACCGGCAUGAAGUCCACUGUGGCGAAGGAGUUCUUGGCCUAUGCAGAGCUACUCCUCCAGGAAUACGGCGACAAAGUGAAGGCAUGGGCCACCUUCAACGAGGCGUGGACCUUCACAGCCCUGGCGAGCGGAUAUGGCAAGGCGCCCUCACAGCAACCCUAUAUGGAUGUGGACAUUUGGCCGAAGGUCGCGGGCCACAAUGUGAUCUUGGCACACUUGAUGGUGGUCAUGAAAUUCCGAGAGAUGCAGAAGAGCGGCGCUCUGACUCCGGAACACAAAGUCUUCAUCACCAACAACCAGGACUGGCGUGAGCCCCUCACUGAAAAGAAGGAGGACAUUGCCGCUGCGCAUUACUUGAUCGAGGGCGGACUUGGUUGGUUUUGCGAUCCGAUCUUUGGGGUGGAUGGCGUGCAUGAUUAUCCCAAGUCCAUGAGAAAGACCCUGAAAUACCUGCCCAAGUUCAGCGAGGAGGAGAUGAAGUUGUUGAAGGAGAACAAGCCUGAUGCCUUUGGAUUGAAUCACUAUGGCACCAGCUUCGUGGCCUACGACAACGGCAAGUACACCACCACACACGCCGGCCUGGUUCAGGGAAAAUCCAGCUGGCUCUUCCGGGCGGCAUGGGGUUAUCGAAAGCUCUUGAACUGGGUGAAGAAUCGCUAUGGCGAGUACCCGAUUUGGGGCACCGAAGCCGGAUGGAGCGACGGCUUGGAAGACCCCUUGGCCGGAAAGCAGGACAGCGGGCGUUUGACGUAUUAUCAGACCUACCUGCUCGAAUCUCUCAAUGCAAUUAAGGAGGACGGGGUGAAGAUGGAGUCAUUUAUGGCUUGGUCCCUCAUGGACAACUUUGAAUGGGAGAUGGGAUAUGCUGAGCGCUUCGGGUGCAUGUGGAACGAGUUCCUUUGGGACAAAGACCCCAAUGCACCCAGUGCGGACACGCCCAUCUACAAUGCAUAUUCAGGCAAGGUUGAGGGCAAGUGUGGCGAUGACUGCGCGCGGCAAAGAGUGGCACCUGGCCCACAAAGGCCAAAAGAUCAGACACGCCACAUGAGGAACUCCAUGCUCCGCCUCAUCGAGACCUGGGGCAGUCCCACGAUGAUCACUGGGCCGAUGCAAGAUGACUUCUUCCAGGCGGCGACCGAUCAGAACAUUUGCUUCGGCCAUGGGACCUAUGAGACUUCAGAUGGCAUAGAGGAAUGCUCUCCCGAAGCGCUCUCUACCAAGCGAGUUGUGCCUGCGUGAUGCAAUACUUAGUUUUUUCAGUUUCAACACGCAAGCCGGCUAAUUGGCCAUCAGCUUGCACAGACACACACCCUUCUUAGAAGAACCACAGCUUCUUGCCUUACGGCGACUGUGGUGGACUGUGGAGAAAAAA